UCGAGUUUAGCGUGGAAAGGGCCCGGGAGCUUAUUAGGGUAGACGAGCAGGCAGAGGGCAACCCUCCCCACCGCAAGCGCCAUCUUCACUGCGGCCGGGGAGCUGAGACUGGCAGGCAAUAUCAGUUAAUCCCGGAUAGAGAGCGAGCGAGAUAAAGGGGGAUACUAAUCAAUCUGCUGCAUCGUCAACCAAAACAACAACAGUGUCUGUCUGUCCGUCAUCAAUGUGUACAGCGGCAUUCGUGAAGCAUCAGCGCAAGAAGUCGUUUGCUUGGAUGCGUUGCAAAGCCAAAGCAGCUUAGCUUUUGAGUUGCUGAUGCGAAGCUUGCGCGACGCUCUUCGCGUCAGAUAAAAAAAAAAAAAAAAAAAAAAAAACGAUUAUUGUGUUUUUGCAGUUGGCAGAGUCGGAUAGGGAGUCGCGCUUGCAACAGUUUUAAGGUUCUGCAAUGCGCCCCAGUUCUCUGCUUUAACAUGCCUGUGUGAUUAUGUUUUGUUAAUAUGGCGCCUUAGGAGCGGUAGUCUCUGUAUUUGUUCAACAUUCGUUACAAAAACUGCCUGACUAUCGUGGCUGAAGGAAAGAGAAAGCUAUGUUUAUUACAAAAACAACACGUUUUAUAGGUGCCUGUUUGUCAAACCGGUUUGAAUUGAAGAAAUUCUGUGAACGUUUAUAUUGUGUUGCUCUAUAAAGUUAUCUUAACCAUUUUGUGCCCCACCUCCCGAAUCCUGAGUCCGGCACUCUGCCCCCUAGUGAAAUAAAAAUGUGCUGCGUCAGUACCAGGCUGUAAUAUAUACCGUCUCCAAAUAAAGGGCUGCACAUUAAUAAAGCAUUGUCUCUGUGUUAUUGAUAACCCUACAAAGAGCCCUGUCAGGAACGUUUCAUUUCUUCAUACGCAAGCUAUUGCUGGAGGAAAGUAUUGCCAGAUGUGUAUCAUUAUUCCAUUUCCAAGUUUUUUUUUUUUCAGCUUGGUUAUCCCACGUUAAAGUAGCCUACGUUUCUAGCAGUCAAGUUUGAAAAGUAAUUUCCCAUUCUGUGAUAUUACGAAGGUUGUUUUUCCUUCAGUGAUUGGCCGCGGCAGGAAUGGAUUUCCCUUGGCACAGUGGAAAGGUCCUGGAGCAGUUUGACCAGCAGAGGCAGAUGGGGCUGCUGUGUGACUGCACCUUUGUGGUGGACGGCGUGGAUUUCAAGGCACACAAAGCCCUGCUGGCAGCCUGCAGCUUGUAUUUCCGCAUGCUGUUUGUUGAGCAGAAAGAUGUGGUGCACCUGGACAUCAGCAACGCGGCAGGUCUUGGACAAGUUCUGGAAUUCAUGUACACUGCCAAGCUCAACCUGACCAAUCAGAACGUAGACGAUGUGUUAGCAGUCGCUGGCUUCCUCCAGAUGCAAGAGAUUGUCAAUGCCUGCACUGCUUAUAAAACCCUGACUGGACCACUGCAGGUCACCAUAGAGCCGUCUUACACUGACAUAGGUUCUGAGAAGAUGGAAGAGUUAACAAAAAGCACCAGCAGCCCUCUUUCAGAGAAACCAGAGGACGAAGCCCCACCGCUGUCAGAGGAGAACCUGGGUGGGACCAUGCAGGAGAGUGAUGUAGGACAGCCAGCAGAGGGCGAUAAACCUCCCAAAGCACAGACAAUGGAAGAACCCACAGGAUCAUCAAACCAACCAAUGACGGAGCCUGCGGUUGAACUGUCCACAGUCAAAGAAUCGCAAGAGUCUGCUACCCAAUCGGCAGCAGAACCUGAGGGAUCUGCUGCCCAGGCAAUAGCAGUUGCACAACUAGCAACUGAGCCAGUGGCAUUGCCUGAAGGAGUCCAGCCAAAAGCAGAGCCAGAAGCACCCACAGCGCAGCCAAUAGAGCAGCCCGCUGGGGUGACAGCAGACCAGGUAGAAGAGUCAGAGGGUAGGAUAGAGGUUCAGGGAGAGAAGACUGGGGAGGACGAGUUGGGGGCUGGCUUUGAAAAGGAUGAAGAAGAUCCUAAUUACAGACCAGAUGUACCAUUGAACGACCCUGUUGAACAGAUGACUUACAUGAUGAGCCGACAGAAGAGAAGGAAGCUAGUGGCUAAGCGGGCUGAGCAGGCAGGCACAGAUGAACAAGAACUGGAAGAGGGGGAGGUGAGGUUGGCCAAGGAGGAGGGGGAGAUAGAGGAGGAAGACGAGGAGGAAGAUGAGGAAGACAUGGAGGAGGAGGAGGAGGAGGAGGAUGAGGAAGAGGAGGAGGAGGAUGGACAGACGGACCUUGACAGUGGAUCAGAUGGCAGGCAGCUGCGCUCAGGCUCCCACAACGACCGCAGUGAGUCGCGGGCGUACGGCUCCGUAUUACACAAGUGCGAGGAGUGUGGGAAGUCUUUCACACACACAGGGAACUUCAAGCGGCACAUCCGCAUUCACACAGGAGAGAAACCUUUCACCUGCCGAGACUGCAGCAAGGCCUUCUCCGACCCAGCUGCCUGCAAGGCACACGAGAAGACACACAGCCCCCUGAAGCCCUAUAGCUGUGAGGAAUGUGGGAAGAGCUACCGUCUGAUCAGCCUGCUGAACCUGCACCGCAAGAGGCACACGGGCGAGGCACGCUACAGCUGCGACGAGUGUGGCAAGCUCUUCACCACCUCGGGCAACCUCAAGAGGCACCAGCUGGUGCACAGCGGGGAGAAGCCCUACCACUGCGACUACUGCGAGCGCUCCUUCUCAGACCCCACUGCCAAGAUGAGGCACCUGGAGACACACGACACAGACAAGGGGCACAGGUGCCAGCACUGCGACAAGCGUUUUAACCAGAUUGGUAACCUGAAGGCUCAUCUGAAAAUCCACAUUGCAGACGGGCCCCUCAAGUGUAAGGAGUGUGGGAAGCAGUUCACAACCUCGGGCAACCUGAAGAGACAUCUGCGAGUACACAGCGGGGAGAAGCCCUAUGUGUGUAUGCACUGCCAGCGCGCCUUCGCUGACCCCGGGGCUCUGCAGCGUCACGUCCGCAUUCACACUGGAGAGAAGCCGUGCCGCUGUAUGGUCUGUGGAAAGGGUUUCACUCAGGCCAGCUCCCUGAUCGCUCAUGUUCGUCAGCACACUGGAGAGAAACCAUAUGUCUGUGAUCGCUGUGGAAAGAGGUUUGUCCAGUCCAGUCAGCUGGCCAAUCACAUCCGCCACCACGAUAACAUCCGGCCUCACAGAUGCAACGUGUGCAACAAAGCCUUUGUGAACGUAGGGGACCUGUCUAAGCACAUCAUCAUACACACAGGUGAGAAGCCGUACCUGUGUGACAAGUGCGGUCGCGGGUUCAACCGCGUGGACAACCUGCGCUCCCACGUCAAGACGGUACACCAGGGCCAGGCCGGCAUGAAGAGGCUUGUCACCAAGUCACACGAGGACCUGGAAGAAGACGAGGUCAGCAUCGUCACUGUGACAACAGACGAGAUUGUAACCCUGGCGACAGAGGCUCUGGCUGCUAGCGCAGUGGCGCAGCUCACAGUGGUUCCUGUGACGACAGCAGUGACAGCCGAUGAAACAGAGGCACUAAAGGCUGAGAUCACUAAGGCAGUGGAGAAGGUGCAGGAAGCAGACCCGAACACCCAGAUCCUGUACGCCUGUGACUCUUGCGGGGACAAGUUCCUGGAUGCCAACAGCCUGGCCCAGCAUGUGCGCAUCCACACCGCCCAGGCGCUCGUCAUGUUCCAGGCCGACUCCGAUUUCUACCAGCAGUACGGGGGCACGGCAUCCUGGCAGACCACCGAGCAGGUCAUUCAGACGGGGGAGCUGCUGUUCCGCGCCAGGGACGGAGACGGAGAGGAGCUGCAGACCAGUGAGGGGGAGCCUGUCGAGAUGGAGUGCACCAGCCAGCCUGCAGAGUGAGAGAGAGUGUGGGCCCAGGCAACCAGAGUGCACUGAGCUUCG